AUGGGAAAUAGCAUAGUAACAUAUAACAAAUACAAAAGUUUCUUGUUCUUUAUCAAAAAAUACAAGUUGACUGAACUCGUUCCGCCUCAGGAUCUUCAAGAGGUUUUCUCCAAGUUUGCCGGAGGAGGAUCAUACAUGUCGACCGAGCAAUUGCAUCGGUUUCUUGUCGAGCAUCAAGGCGAAGAGAGUUUCACCUUAUCGGAUUCGGAGAAAAUUAUCGACAGGAUUUUGCAACUGAGAAGGACACAUAUGGAAACGAUUCAUGUUGAUCAAAGUAGAGAAAGGGAAAUCACCCUUGAUGAUAUCUUUCGAUUUUUGCUCCUACAUGAUUUCAACGGUCCUUACAAAAAUGAGGUACAUCAUGAUAUGAAUGCUCCAUUGUCACAUUAUUUCAUAUAUACAGGACACAAUUCCUAUCUUACUGGAAAUCAAUUAAGCAGUGAUUGCAGUGAAGAGCCAAUCAUAAAGGCGCUACAACGAGGCGUGCGUGUUAUCGAACUCGAUUUAUGGCCAACUUCUAAUAAAGAUGAUAUUAAAGUUGAUCAUGGAUGGACACUUACAAAUCCUGUCUCACCUAUCAAAUGUUUGGAGUCUAUAAAGAAAUAUGGUUUUGUAUCAUCUGAAUAUCCAGUGAUCAUAACUAUAGAAGAUCAUCUUACUGAAGAACUUCGAGCGAAAUUCGCAGAAAUGGCAACUCAAAUAUUUGGAGAAAUGCUUUAUUAUCCUCAAGCAGAAUGUUUAAACUUAACAGAAUUCCCUUCACCGGAAUCAUUGAAAAACCGAGUUAUUAUAUCAACCAAACCUCCUAAAGAACGCUUUGAGUCCAACCGGAUCAAGGACAACGGCAACUAUCCUAAUCUAGAUGGAAGUAGUGAGUCAUCAGAUGACGAAUCAUCGGAUUCCGCGAAUGAAGUGGAAAGUAAGAGCCCGAAUGGACACGAUCGCGACGAGGGAGAAACGAGUUCCUGUGAAUGUGAUCAAAGAUUAUUUCAAGAGUGUUCACCUGAUUACAAAAGUAUAAUCACCAUUCACAAUAAGAAACUCAAGGGUAGCUUGAAAGAUAAAUUGAAAACUGAUGGUGAACUUAGACGGUUAAGUUGGAGCGAAACAAUGUUAGAAAAGGCUUCAGAAUCUCAUGCAACAGACAUCAUUAGGUUCACACAGAAAAAUAUCCUCAGGGUAUAUCCAAGGGCGACACGUGUUAAAUCGUCAAAUUUCAAACCAUAUCUUGGGUGGAUGUAUGGAGCUCAGAUGGUUGCAUUCAAUAUGCAGGGGCUUGGAAAAUCUCUCUGGUUGAUGCAGGGGAUGUUCAGAGCAAAUGGAGGAUGUGGUUAUGUAAAGAAACCUGAAAUUCUAAUGCAGAAACUUCACUGUGACCAUGAGUUUGAUCCAACAAGAAUAAUGCCACUAAAGAAGACAUUAAAAGUGAAAAUUUACAUGGGACAUGGAUGGAGCUUAGAUUUCAGUCCUACACACUUUGAUAUGUUCUCUCCACCAGACUUUUACAUAGAGGUUGGUAUUGUUGGUAUGCCUCGUGAUAUUACAAAGAAAAAAACUAAAGUGAUCAUGGACAAUUGGUUUCCUGUGUGGAAUGAAGAGUUUGAGUUCCCUUUGACUGUUCCAGAGAUUGCUUUACUUCAGAUACAAGUAAAAGACAAAGAUCCAACAGGAAAAGAUGAUUUUGCUGGUCAAACAUGUUUGCCAGUGUCAGAGUUAAGAUUUGGAUUUAGAUCAGUCCCUUUGUUUAAUGAAAAGGGAGAACAAUUUAAAUCUGUAAAGUUGCUAAUGAGCUUUCAAUUUGAAUGA